GCUGAGAUUGCUGAAAUGUGAAAUACGAGACUUUCCUCGUCCUUUCUGUCCGCGCCAAGCACGCCUACCGUAACACCGCCAGUAGAUGCGCAUCAACAUCCGACGAGCGGCUAUUUGACCGGGCUUUCGUAAGUGACGGCUCAGUUGACCGUAGUCAUCCUCAGGCCUGGGCGUUACCAAGCCGUGCUAGGCUGUGUGGCCGUAGCCGUGUCCAGGAGGGCUUGAUCAAUGCUGGGUCUGGGUCAAUGCUGGGUCUGAGCUCCAUGGUCGCCAAAACCCGGCCGCGUUUGAUUUGGCGCCACUUCGUCCACAGUAGAAUGGGAGACAUGUCUUCCAAAACUCAAAUGCCAGCGCCCGAGACAGCUUUGCCCGGCAGGAGCGACAGCGUCACAGUAUCCGCUAAGCAUGAUGUGAAUGGCAACAGGACUACUCCACCCUUUCCGGAAAGGACAGAGAUGGUCAUGUUUGGAAUGGGCUGUUUCUGGGGUGCAGAGAGGAAGUUUUGGAGACAGAAAGGUGUGUAUUCCACCCAGGUGGGCUACUCUGGAGGAUACACACCUAACCCAUCUUAUGAGGAGGUCUGCACAGGUAGAACAGGUCACACCGAGGUGGUGAGAGUGGUCUUUUAUCCAGAACACAUCAGCUUUGCCAAACUGCUUAAAGUUUUCUGGGAAAGCCAUAACCCCACUCAAGGGAUGCGUCAAGGAAAUGAUAUUGGGACAACCUAUCGUUCAGCCAUCUACACCUACUCCAGCCAGCAGCUGGAACAAGCGCUGGCCUCUAUGGAAGAGUAUCAGAAGGUACUGACAGAACAGGACUUUAAGCAGAUCACCACAGAGGUCACGAAUGCCAAGCCAUUCUACUACGCUGAGGACUACCAUCAACAGUACCUCAGUAAAAACCCACAUGGAUACUGUGGUCUGGGAGGUACUGGAGUCACCUGUCCAAUAGGAGUGAAGGAAUAACCCAGCUGGCAGCUGGAUCCAUCCAGCUCUUCUCCAUUUAACAUGAGCACCGCGUGCAACUGAUUCCACGACAAUAUGGAGGAAAACAAACCUUGUCAAUAUUAUAUUUGCGAUAUAUAUAUAUACAUAUAUAUAUAUAAAACUUUGUUUUAAGAAACACUUGAUUUGCAUCCAACCAAGUGUUUAAAGAACACUUGGUUGACAGCUGAUGAUUGCUUACAGCAUGAAACAGGCUUGUACUGUCUCAUAAAGAAUUUGCUUGACUCACUGGAUUAUUUUGCUCUGUAUUUGUUGAGCACUUUCCCUCCCGUUGAGUGUUUGUUUUAACAAAGUUAUAAACUCAUCAAAGGCAGCUGAUGAGUGCACUGAGCACAAAACAAGCUUGGUCUGCCAUUUAACAACUUUGAGCUAUAAAAUAUAUCUUUGCUCCUGAA